AUAUAAAGAGAGACUGAGCCAGUGAUACUGCAGGAGGGCAGCAGGAGGGACUCAAUAUAAAGAGAGACUGAGCCAGUGAUACUGCAGGAGGGCAGCAGGAGGGACUCAAUAUAAAGAGAGACUGAGCCAGUGAUACUGCAGGAGGGCAGCAGGAGGGACUCAAUAUAAAGAGAGACUGAGCCAGAGAUACUGCAGGAGGGCAGCAGGAGGGACUCGCAGUCCAGACACUGAUACUGCAGGAGGGCAGCAGGAGGGUACCAGUCAGCAGGAGGAGAUACAGGCACACCGGUCACUAUAUUGGAAUAUAGAGGAGAAUCAUGACCCAGAGAUCUGUAUCAAUCUCCCAUCAGGGACCCACCUAUGAUGUGUGUGUGGUUGGACAAGAGCUGACACUCGAUAUUUACAGGUCGGUUCCUUCAGGGGCUGAAUCCUUUGAGAUCUUGCGGACCCCCUUGAUAGAUAUCAGUCUUAUCUACAAUGAAAAUCACAUUGAAAAGGCUCAGAAAGGACAGAAAGUGGCACUUUAUAAGUCACCCCAGAUUGUCAUGUCCUGCAGUGAAGCCAGCGAUGAGCUGAACGACUCUAAGGUUAAAGUCUAUUAUUAUGGGAAAGAAGAUUCUCCCCUUGGCAAGUCACUGCUGUAUUUGACCUGUAUCCAUGUGUCGUUGGAUGCAGAUGUGAACCGGACCGGAGCUGUCAGUCGGGGGUCGAAAGACAAGGGCUCGUGGAUGUGGGGCCCGGAUGGAAGAGGCGCAAUACUGCUUGUUAACUGCGACCAAGAUCGUGAUGGCAGUGGUGGGACGGACAGCACAGAUGUGGGGGGCCCCAAUGCAGCAGAUAUAAAAGACAUGUCCCCAAUGGUCCUGACAGUGAAGGGUCCCAAGAAGAUCUUCAAGUUCCACCAAGUGAUCCUGCAAAUCCCCUCUUCCCAGGCAACCAAAGUGCGAGUCUAUCACAAGGGUGAAUCUGGUUACCUGCGUGUUUUGGGGGGAGCUAAACUGUCCUAUGAAGUCCAGAGAGGGGACAACAGUGAAAUGGGAUUCUUUGUGGAAGGUCUGGAUUUCCCCGAUGUUGACUUCCCUGGGCUUGUUCAUAUCACUGUGUCUCUUCAGAGAAUCUCUGAUUCACACGAAUUAUUUGCUGAGAAAGUGGCUUUCAGGCUGACGCCAUGGAUAAUGACCCCCAACACCCAGAAACCCCUGGAGGUCUAUGUCUGCAGUGUGCAGGAUAACGGGCAAUUCCUGAAAGAGCUGGUGGCAUUUGUGAAGAAGGCGCAGUGCCAGCUGAACAUUUGCCCAGAAUUUGAGAAUUUUGGCGAUCGGUGGAUGCAGGAUGAGAUGGAGUUCGGGUACAUUGAGGCUCCGCACAAGCGAUUCCCGGUGGUGUUGGACUCCCCGCGGAACCGGGGACUGAAGGAAAUUCCUUUCAACAAAAUCCUGGGACGAGAUUUUGGCUACGUGACCAGAGAACCAGAGCACAAAGCUGACGUCUCCGACUUGGACUGUUUUGGGAACCUGGAAGUCAGUCCCCCAGUGAAAUCGAAAGGGAAGAAUUAUCCCCUGGGAAGAAUCCUGAUUGGGGGCCCUGUGGCCGACUCUGACCACAGUCCGACCAUCACUCGGAGAAUGAGUAAAGUCAUGAAGGAUUUCCUCGUGGCUCAGCUGGUGCAGUGCCCGGUGGAGCUCUACUCUGAUUGGCUACUCGUGGGGCACAUCGAUGAGUUCAUGUCCUUUGUACCCGCCCCUGAUAAAAAGGGAUUCCGACUGCUCCUGGCCAGUCCAAAUGUGUGUCUGGAGCUGCUCCGAGAGAAGGAAAGAGAAGGUUAUGGCGGCUCCAUCAUGUUUGAAGGACUGGAUAUUGUGCCUUAUUCCAUCACUGAAAUCCUCUCGGAUGAUAACGUGCUAGAGGGUUCCGCCUACGCUCAGAAAUGCAUUGACCAAAACAGAGACAUUAUGAAGGAAGAACUUGGACUCUCCGAGGAAGAUAUCCUAGAUAUACCCGCACUCUUCAAACUUGUCCCAGAUUAUAAAGCGGAACCCUUCUUCCCUAAUAUGGUGAACCUGUUGGUACUGGGGCAGUUCCUGGGAAUUCCCAAGCCAUUCGGACCCAAGAUUGAUGGGAAGUGCUGUUUGGAGCAGAAGGUUUGCUCUUUGCUGGAACCUCUGGGGUUGGACUGCACCUUCAUUGAUGACUUUGGACCCUACCACCAGCACGCGGGGGAGGUGCACUGUGGCACCAACGUGAUCAGGAAGCCUUUCUCUGACAAAUGGUGGAACUGCCUCCCUUAGAGACCAACUGCAGGAGCAACAGAUGGACACAAGCUAUGAAAUAUAAAGUAUAUACAUUGCAUUGCUCCAGCCAAGUGAAAUGUGGUGAUUUUCCAAUAUCAUCCCUCAAACCCCUCACCUCACUCCUCUGUCUCAUGUGUCCACCAUAAGAUAUCUCCCCCGUGUGUUACCCGCCAGCCCCCGUCUCCCCCAGUGUGUUACCCACCAGUCCUCUUUGUUUCCCGCGUGUUACCCUCCAGCCCCCCUGUGCCAGCCUCUGUGUACCCCAGUGUUUUACCCCUAGGCCCGUCUUUGCCAGUGUUUUAUCCAGCGACCGCUGCCUCCCCUGGUGUGUUACCCUCCAGUCAUGUCCUGCAGUGUGUUCUCCUGCCCCAUCAUCUCCAGUUUGUUAUCCACCAGCCCCUGUCUCCCCAAUUUCUUACCCACAGACCCGGCUCCCCCAAUGUGUAACCCACCCGCCCCUCUCCCAAGUGUAUCAUGGAAAUGAAAUAAAUAACGUAAGAGA